AUGGCGGAUGACGUACCGACAGUGAAUAUAGAUGACACCUCGUCACAGGCUACAUCAACGUAUGUGGUGAAUAGCAACAGGGAAUCGCUGAAUAGUCUACUGCACAAAACCAAAGACAACAAUGAAAACUGCAUACAGGUCUCCGCUGGGAAGUGCUCGAUGGAUACCCAAGACACCAAGGAGUCUAAGAAAAGGAGUUUUUGUUGUAAUUCAAUGAGCCAGACUGUGUGGGGGGUACUCCUAAUAGUGAUGUCCAUAAGUGGAUUUAUAUUUACCCCCAUGGACUUGAUGCUGUGGGAGAAACUCAAUAUGCGACCUGGUCUGCCCCCCUUCGAGUGGUGGUCCGAUCCCCCGGAUCAGGUGAGAAUGCGAAUUUACAUCUUCAACGUGACGAACCACGACAGGUUUUUGUCUGGACUGGACGAGAAGAUCAAUGUUCACGAAAUAGGACCUAUAACUUAUUUAGAGAAAUUAUUACAUUACAACAUCAGUUUUAAUGAGAACGGAACAAUGACGUACACAGCGCGGAGGUUUCUUAUUUAUUUGCGCGAAGAAAAUACAAUUGACUUAAAUGCUACUAUAACUGUACCGAAUUUGGCUUUAUUGGGUAUAGCUUCUAGGUUAUAUAACGCGAACUAUUUCGUUAGAACAGGAUUCACGAUACUGGUGAACUCACAGCCCACGGGAUUUUUCGUAAAUAAAACUAUUUACGAAUAUCUAUGGGAGAACAGAGAGAGUAUAUUGGACACUACUAAAACGGUAGCACCUUAUAUGGUCCCUACAACUAAUAUGGGAAUGUUAUACAGUAUAUACCGCGACUUUGCAGACGAAGUAACGGUAAAAAUAGGCCCAAAAUGGGGUCACCAUAAUUUCUUUAAAAUAGACAAAUAUGGGAGAAAAUUGCAAUUAAAAGGAUAUGAUUUAGAGAGUUGUCCUGAUACCCUAACAGGAUCCACAGAAGGUGUAAUGUACCAUCAGAAAUUAUCGAAGGAUGACGUUUUAAUGUACUUGCGAAAAUCCAUUUGCCGAGCGAUGCCUUUACACUUUGAUAAGGAGGUAGUUAUUGAUAACGUUCCCGUCUACAGAUACAAUCUAUCUGAAGCGGCGUUCGACAGGAUAACGAACGGUACAGAUUGUUAUGAUGCCUAUCCAUCGCUGCCCAAUGGGAUCAGCGAUACUUCCAGGUGUUAUGAUGGUUUACCGAUGGUUGCGUCAUAUCCUCACUUCUAUACAGGCUCUCCGCCAAGAGACACAUAUGUCACUGGACUAACACCAGACAAAGAGAAACACAAUUCCUAUGUACUUGUGGAACCAUUUACAGGGACACCAUUCAGAGCAUUAGCACGGAUGCAAUGUAAUAUGCAAGUGCAGGAUCUCUCAAGAUUUAGUAGACGAGAAUUCCACCGGUUCUCCAAUCUUAUAUUACCUCUGGCAUGGAUAGAAUAUAGCCAAGAAGGUCUGCCGUGGUAUAUACAAUACUUCGUUUACUUCACGGUUGUAGUUCUACCACCUCUAUUCACUGUAAUUUUCAUCAGUUUAUUGUUAUUGGGAUUUUAUUUAACCCUAAAACGAGUAUCAAGUAUUAAGAAUUUAUUUACAGUACAUCGAAAGAAUGAAAAAAUAUUAAACGAUACAAGCAAUUUUGAAAGUGAGAGAUUCCUGAAAAUAUCAUCGUGA